CACUGAUGGGUGACAUUGAAAGGCAGCUCAGAUGGGCACUGAUAUGUGGCAUUGAUGUGCACUGGUAUGCACUGAUAUGUGGCAUUGAUGUGGCACUGAUGAGCACUGACUGCUGGCACUGAUGGACACUGACAGGUGGCACUUCUGGGGCCACACUGAUCAUCAGGGCACACUGAUCAUCAAUGCCCUGAUGAUCACUGUCAGUGUGACAGCUCGAGAGGAGAGAAAUGCCGAUAACUGGAAUUUCCCUGUUUACAUGUGAUCAGCUGUGAUUGGACACAGCUGAUCACAUGACCGA